AUGAGGCCACAAGCUCUUGCUCUUGCUCUCGCAUCGUUCCUGGCGGCCGCGCUGCUGUGCCUGUGCGCGGCGGCGGCGGCUGCCUCGCCCGUGUCGGUCGCCGGCAAGUUCGCCAUGGAAGGAAUGGGAAUGGUCGUCGACCAAGGGAUAGACCACUUCCUCGUCCUCGCAGCGGUCUUCGUCAUGUGCCUCUUCCGCUGA